GUAAACCACGGUCAUACUAAAUACCAUAUUUUAAAAUAAUAAACGAUACGACGCCGUGAAAUUACAGUGAAACAACGUGAAUAAUUUUAUAGAAACGCAAAUGCGAAUAUAUUUAUAUUUGCAGUUGAUAUCUGAAAUAACUGUGACCUUAUAAUACGUACAUACAUACAUGCAAGCGCGAGUUCUCAGUUUUAUAUGCUGGCCUAGAGAAUGUUCAGCAUAAUUACAAUUUCGUGAACAUUUCCCCCAGCAUAUUAUUAUUUUGGAUGGAUGAGCAUGUCUAUGAACAGACCCUCGAAAACCUGUAGUCUGGAAGUAAUAAAGAGCACAACUGGAGUUGGAAAUUUGAACGAAACGAUUGAUCGCACCGAAUAUGAUGCGACGCACCCAAUAUUGCGCAGUGAUCACAGUCAUCAGGGUGAACUGGUCCAAUGCUUGACGUGCCACAAGCAUUUCAAGAGUUUCUCCUUUAGCGACAUUUGCGCACACUAUAAAUUCACGCACAGCAACAAGAAUUCUAGUUUCGCCGAUAAUUCGUACAAGUGUUUGUACUGCAAGCGCGACGUUCAUUAUUUCCAGCGCUCCGAGAAGAAUCCCGAAAUAUUUCACUUUUGUUCGCCGCGGAAGUAA